ACGACGCCAAUAGAAUCUCCGACGAUCUUUCUGCAAAGGACUUGGAGAAGUUGAUCCGAAGAGUUUCCCGCUUGGCAAAAAAGGAUCCUAUUCCUUCCGCUUGUCGCGUGGAACCAUACAGCUCCGCCAAUCCUCUCCCCAAGAACCAUCCUACUAUGACUUCCCUUCCUCCUCUUCCUGAGGAUGGAGAAGUCGAAGAACGGGGCAUCGUUGCCGAAGAUACCCCAGGUUCUUCUAUUCCUGAAAGUGAAGUCGCGGGUUCCCACAAAUCUGCGGCUUCCCAUGAAAAGGAAGUUGAAUCUGAGGCCAGUGAAUCGACGCAAUCCCUUCCUCCUGCAGUUUCCCCAAAGAACAAAAGGAAAAGGCAUGAUGCCGAGGAUUCUGGCACUUCUAAGGCUGAAGAAGCUGGUCCUUCUAAUCCGAGGGCAGCUUACGAUCCUUAUGUUGAAUCCCUCAUCAGCUCUGAUGAGGAGGAAGAAGUACCAGUUACUGACGUGGCUCCUCGAACAAGCACAUCACGUACUGUACUUGCCUCAGACACGCUAGUUGAAGGAGAAGAAACGUCGCCUCCUCAACAAGACGUCGUCACCACUACUCCGCCAUCAAGCCCCCGUGUCCCUUCACCAAAAAGGGCAAGGGUUGAAAAGAUUGUUGAUUCUCGCCCUCGCCUAUGA